UAUUGAAUAGUACUGGUCCCACGACUGACCCCUGUGGGACCCCACUAGAUCCACCCUCUCAGUUCGAUAACUACUCUCUAACUACGUUCUUUUAACCAGUUGUGCACUCACCUUAUAUUAAUUUAAUCUAGAUUGCAUUUCCCUAGCUUGCUUGUUAGUGUGGUGGAUCUGUGUCCAAAAGCCUUUCCAAAUCAAGGCAUAUGUGUGCUGCUAUACCUAGCAGCAAAGAGCAAAGUGGCAUUGCCACUCUUGCUGGGCCCCAAAUUUGACUGACCUUUUUCUUUUGUUCAAAGUUCAUGUGAUUGUCAACUUUUGAAUGCUUCCAUUUUUUUCUUUAAAAGCAAUUCAGUGCCUGCAAACCUGCACAUAUGAGCAGCUGUAUGAUUUAAAAAAUCCUAGUGUAUAUAAACAUGAAUAACUAUAUAUCACGUUUAAUAUACACAUACACCUGCACACAUCAAUAAGCAGAUUUCAGUUUCCAGUGAAUUUUUAUGAACAAUGGAGAGUGCUUUAAUAUCCCUUUAUUUUGAACUUCCUUGCUUUCAUUAGCUCCUGUCAGAACCUUAAGGACUUUGUCCUCUGAAUAUAAUAUAUGGUAAGUAUUUCAACAGCGGAGACACGAAAUGAACGCACAAAAAUCUAGUGUGUGCCCCCCUCCCUCCUUUAGUCUAAAAGCGACAGCAUGCAUGCAUGAUUAAGUGACUGGGCUGGGCAAUCAGAGUGAGUCUCUUCUCUGUGCAUUACGGUACAAGGGUUGGCCCUCAUCUGGUCCACCUGCCACUGGGGUUUAAAGUUUCAGCGCAUCGGAAAAUACAAUGACUUGGAUCAAACUGCCUAGAGGGAAAGCCUGAUUAUAUCAGGGAAGUGGAUAAACAGUAGUUCUAUUGGGAGAACACGGAGAGACAGCUCCGUAGGCAAGCACAUGACAGGCUGUAAGCUGCUCAGCGUGUCUCCUAGAAGCCCAGGACACUAAGAGAGAAGCAGACACAUGACUACAUGGGGAGAGAAAAAACAGCCAGCCUAGGAGUCUGCUGCAUCUGGUCUUGACUCCUUCCAGAAGGACCGAUCCUAUGCAAUGAAGAGCCCGGCGCAAUUCACCAGCUAACGCAACAAAAGCAGCGAGCGAAGGGAGGAAGGGGGGCAGCCUCGCUGCUGGGCAAAUCGUUUUUUGCUUCCGAAACAAUUUCUUGCUUUGCGGCUGGUGCCAGCGGGCGCGUCCGGGGAAAAGGGGAGGGAGAGAGACAGGAGCGCUUUGCAAAUCAAACAAUGCUGCUGGCCACCAGCUACUCCUCAUGUCUCCUGCGGCGGGUCACCUGUCUGGCUUGUCCGCCCCUCUCGGCGCUGCUGCGGUGGAGCACAGAGACGCGGCUGACAUGGAGAGCUUGGUGAGCCCGGGCCACUGCGGCUAGUGCUGGCUCGUCCGCUGCGCCUCGGCCCGGAAAGCCUCGCUGCGCACCAGCCAUGGAAGAGGCGUCCCUGCCAGACCUGCGAGACAUCGAGCUGAAGCUGGGGCGCAAAGUGCCCGAGAGCCUGGCGCGCUCCCUGCGCGGGGAGGAGCCCGCUGCCCGGGACCGGAGCGGCGGAGGGGGCAGCGGCUUCUGCCCUGCUUCAGCCCCUGGGGGCACCCGGCUCAACAGCAGCAGCCACAGUGCCCUGGCCAGACUGGAGACCAAACUUCACCUCCUCAAGCAGGAGAUGGUUAAUCUCCGAGCCACUGAUGUCAGGCUUAUGCGCCAGCUACUCAUCAUCAAUGAAAGCAUCGAAUCAAUCAAGUGGGUGAUUGAAGAGAAGGGAACCAUCAUCAGCAGAGAUAGUAGUUUGAGUGGGAGCCUUUGCAGCUUGUUGGAAAGUCAGGAGACCUCCCUGCAAGGCAGCUGUAACAGUUUACAAGACUGUAGUGAUGGACUGGAUGGAAUAUCAGUGGGGAGUUACCUGGACACUUUGGUGGAUGAUGUCCCAGGUCACCACACACCUUCAGAUAUGGAACAGUUCACUGAUACUUCUGUUCUAGAGGACUCACAGACCCUGCACAAGCAUUCCAAAAUUGAGUCUGAUGAAUACUACUGUUUUGGUUAAUAAAAAGAAGUUCCAGAGGGACAUGACUGCACUUGUAUUUAUCUUCCUUCUUUGCUGCUAUUUUAUUCUCUGUGCAAAAAAAGAAAAAAAUCCUUUUUAAAGGAAAAUUUACUUUGAAUCUACUUUAGAAUUUUGCUGUUACUUCUAACUUUUCUCAUUCUGGGUGGUUUGUUUGCUUUUUUUCCUUUUCUUUAUCUUAAUUUAUUGCUGUGGUUUUGGGUUUUGUUUUAUAAUCCCGUAUUUACAACUUUAAAUAAGAUGAAGGAAAUAAGCUUUUAUAUUCAAAACAAGACAUCAGGGAUUGAAAGUACCCGUUUAUAUUUGUUUGACAAUAAAACACCUACUGAUACCUGUAA